UAGGUGAUCAACUGAAAAGUUUGACACAUAAAUGAGUCACAAUUUUCAUUCCAUGUAAUCGAAAAAAAAAAAAAAUAAAUACCGUUUUCAAUACCUCCCCAAUCCAAAUUCCGAACGAAAAAACAGCAUGGAAGUUUUAAAAAUUUUUCAGAUGGACGAGCCGAUAUCCAAAAAAUUUCUGACGUCGAACAACAAUUCGAGAAGUUUGGACUCUUCUCUUGUCGGCAACAAGUCGAACCAACAACAAUCGGAAGUGGAAAAAAUGAAGAAACAACUGUUUCUGUCACGUGGCGAGAACUUGUCGUUACAACAUGAACUGUCCGCUUCUAUGAAGGAAGACACGGAAAAGAGAGAAAAAAUAGCCGAACUGACAAAGAAGCUGAAGGAACUCGAGAAGAAACAAGAACAGUACAAACCUUGGAGUCCGACCAAGGCGAAAAAAGACGUGAUAUCUUUGGAGCAAAAAAUACAAAGUCUAGAAAGCAAGAAUCGCAUACUCGAAGAUAAAGUUAAGAGAUACGAGGAAGAGAUGCGCAUACAAAAUGAAAAACAACACAUCAUAGAGAUGCAAAAAGCUAAAAUAAACGAGCUAGAAGAAAUGUUGAGAAGCAAGCCUAAAACUCCCUGUAUAAUCGAUAAAAUCGGUGACGCAGGUUUUAACGAAAAGGAGAUGGAAUUCCAGAAAGUCAUGCAUGAAUAUGACAACUUCUUGAGAAAAGUUCUAUCAGAGAGACAAACUUUAAUCGACGAGAAAAACACAGCUCAAAAUCAUCUCGCAAACCUGGAAACAGCAUUCAAUGAUCUUCUGCAAAAAUACGAGAGGGCGAAAAAGGUGGUUGAAGGCUUCAAGAACAACGAAGAUGUGCUAAAAAAGCAAAUGAGCGAUUGGAACAAAAUGCUGAACAUGUUCAAUAAGAAGUACAACGACCUGAAGGCGUAUGCAGAGAAAAAAAUCUCAGAAGCUAAUACAGCGAUAAUGAACAAAGAUAGAGGAAAUAUAGAGGAGGUAGCAAAACUGAAAGCGAAGAUAUUACAGAGUCAAGCAAAGAUAAACGAAUUGGAGAAGCACGUCAAGCCGAAUGAGUUGGAUAACAACAUGUCUCUGUUCGCUCCAUUGAAAGCCAAUCUUAAGAAGAAACAUUGAUAUGAUGUACGUUUUAUAUUUACCUGAUGUAAGAAUUCUAUUAGAAUGUUUGUACCCCA